AUGGUGUACACACCCAGCGCCUACCUCGUCACUGCUGCCGUGGCUCUACUGGUCACCCGGAUGCAGCAGGCUGCGGCCUCCUCGAUGUUCUACGGCGCUGAAUCUGCUACCGAAGUAAACGAGCUGAGCAGCGAUUUCCCUGGUCGUGGCACGGGCAUGCCGGCAGCAGCUUUGGCCUACGUCGUGACCAAGGACCCCACGAUGCCAGACAUCAAGUCGAUCCCGACGGUGCCCACGAAGUUCCCUGAACUGCUGGCAAGCAAUCCGUUGAAACCCGCGGACUCAAUCACUGCCAAGGUAGGCACGCCCAUUCUGUCUCGUACCCGUCUGCCGCUGGACGCCAACCAAGAUAGCUACAUCGCCGACAUUCUGUCGAUGCCGGUGACUUUGCCUGCUAUUGUCGCUACGACGCCGUUGCUGGACUUGGAGCACAACGCGGUGAAUGCUUCAAACUGUGAACCUGGAUGGGAGAAUAAGCCCAAGCCUGAUGCCGAGGGACCGGCGAAGCGCCGCCUUGAGGCAUUCGCAGGUGCCAAGGCCCUUGCCAAACUGGAAAAACAUUUUGGCAGACCGUUGGAGACGAAGCUCGCGAACCUGCCUGACGAGGGCGCCAAAGAGCGUGCGCCGUGGCCUGGUCCGUACUGGCCCGAGUACCAGGACUGCAUCAAUGUCGACUAUCGAAAAGACGACGUGAGCGCGACCGAGAAAUACGCCACGGCUUUCGGUCUGGACGUGAUAACCAUGAUGGACAUCAUAUCGCGCGACCUCGGCAUCGAGAGCGCGCCGGUGAGAUCUGAGUGCGACGAAGACAGCACUUGCGAGCAACGUCACGGUGCAAAUGUUGUUUGCGCUAAGCGUCAAAAGCCAAGCACGAACACUCAGGGCUUAUGCACCGCGAUGUGGACUGGUAUCUGCCAUGCCUGGUGUCCUGCUUCAAUACUGGAGGAGGAACCGCGAUGUGCCGUGACUCACAACGGCGUGGUGUUCUAUCCAAUCGAUAUCAAGGCCCUGCUCACGGUCUUUUACGAUAACUCCCGAGUGCCCAUUGUCUAUAUUGGCACUCGGUACUACAGGCAACCGGACUCGAAGGACGAGUACGGCCGUCACACGAAUGUCGCCUACCGCGACGUCAAUCCUGGCAUGUUCCACAUUGCCACUGCUAACAUCGUGGGCAUCUAUCGCAAGUCGUACGUUGUGGAUAAGGAGGCUGGCAGGGAGGUGUGGAGCCAGCCCGUGCGUGGCUACAAGGUCAAUAAACAGAUUAACUUGACUUUGGAGGAAGCUGCCCAGCACUUCUAUGGCCUCGCGAAGUACCCGUGGAAUGCUGCUGCCAAGAGCAUUGCGUACAUCGACAUGCGUCUGUCGUGGGUCGAUGAGUCGUACGAAGAUGGCAGUCUGGUCAUGGAUGGACGGGUAGACAAGGUCACCUUGGGUGCGGACUACACGUACCUACUUGAGCUGGAUGGUGAAGGAAAGAUCAUUGGUGGCGAGUGGGUGUACGAUUCUAACGACAUCCAUCCCGACUAUUUCUGGUUCCCCCAGUCGAAGCCGGCGCUCGACGCGGUCACCAAGUCCGGUUUGAAGUACUCAGAUCUGGAGAUGCUGUUGGAGAAGUCGAUCGCGUGCUCUUCCUUGUAA